CGCCCCGCCGCCGCGGCCGGCAGGUCCGUUUCCCGAGUCCGUCAGGCCCUGUGGCAGGUGCUGUGCUAGACACGGCUCUGAGGGGGGCCCGACCCGGAGGAGGCAGAUAGGGAAGCUGGAACGCAGGCCGGUUGCAGAAAAGUGUGACAAGGAGUCAGGCAAGCCUUCCGUCGCAAGUGCUAGAAUUUACACCGUGUCAGCUCGUUAGCUGGACGGCAGGGCAGACUUUCCCGGAGCUGGACGGCCAGGCGUGUCAGCGAGGAGGUCCCGGUGGCUCCCUGUUUGAAUAACGCUUUCCCUCGUUUUGGAGUCCCCAGGUUUCGAUUAGCAGACGGCUCUUCCCACUGUGAGUCGUCGCUUGGAGCCGUGAACUCUGCUCGCGUCUCCCUGCCCGGUCGGCUUCAGAGCCAUGGCAACGGAGGAGAAGAAGCCAGAGACGGAGGCUGCCCGAGCACAGCCCACCCCUUCCUCCUCAGCCACGCAGAGCAAGCCUACUCCUGUUAAACCCAACUAUGCUCUGAAAUUCACCCUGGCUGGCCACACGAAAGCCGUGUCCUCCGUGAAAUUCAGCCCGAAUGGCGAGUGGCUGGCGAGUUCGUCUGCUGAUAAGCUCAUUAAAAUUUGGGGAGCAUACGAUGGAAAGUUUGAGAAAACCAUAUCUGGCCACAAGCUGGGAAUAUCCGAUGUGGCCUGGUCGUCAGAUUCUAAUCUCCUUGUUUCUGCCUCCGAUGAUAAAACCCUGAAGAUAUGGGACGUGAGCUCGGGAAAGUGUCUGAAAACCCUGAAGGGGCACAGUAACUACGUCUUUUGCUGUAACUUCAACCCCCAGUCCAACCUCAUCGUCUCGGGUUCUUUUGACGAAAGCGUGAGGAUAUGGGACGUGAAAACCGGAAAGUGCCUCAAGACCCUGCCUGCACACUCAGACCCUGUCUCAGCUGUCCAUUUUAAUCGGGAUGGAUCCCUGAUAGUGUCAAGUAGCUACGACGGGCUCUGCCGCAUCUGGGACACCGCCUCGGGCCAGUGCCUGAAGACCCUGAUCGAUGACGACAACCCUCCCGUGUCUUUUGUGAAGUUCUCACCAAACGGCAAGUACAUCCUGGCCGCGACCUUGGACAACACCUUGAAGCUCUGGGACUACAGCAAAGGAAAGACUCGGGACUUAGCAGAUCGCGAAUCUGCAAGUUACAGCUUCGGCCGCGUGACUUUGCGCGGUAUCUCUGGAGUGCUUUUCAGAGCUAAGGUUAGUCGGCCGCGAGACGCCUGCACUGCAAACGCGAGAAUUGUCCAGAGUGCAGGGACUCCGGGACGUGUUGAACAUAUGGUUCUCUUGCCUUCUCAGUGCCUGAAGACCUACACCGGCCACAAGAACGAGAAGUACUGCAUUUUUGCAAAUUUCUCCGUGACUGGCGGGAAGUGGAUCGUGUCUGGUUCCGAGGACAACCUCGUGUACAUCUGGAAUCUGCAGACCAAGGAGAUCGUGCAGAAGCUGCAGGGCCACACAGACGUCGUCAUCUCCACGGCCUGCCACCCGACGGAGAACAUCAUCGCCUCGGCCGCGCUGGAGAACGACAAGACCAUUAAGCUCUGGAAGAGUGACUGCUAGGCGCCGCGGGGGCUGCCGGGAAGGCGGCCGGCCGGGAGCAGCGCGGCGUCUGCGGGGGCUCCUCCAUCUGGGCCGGGGCGGAGCCGCCGCCGGGGACGACUUGGCAGAGGGCGUGUUUAGCACCAGAAGGUUCUACAAGUUGCUGGUGACAUUUCUUGUCGAUCCCUCUCACUGGGGAAGUUUCUAGUCUGUAUUGUGUUCAAACAGAGUCCACGCAAAUUUUUAAUUUUUUAUUACAGAAAGGUGAAGUUCAAUUUAUCAUGAGUUGUGUUUUUUACCAGUAAAUGUUCUGUACCUUCUUCGGUAUCUUAUUACCCGGUGCAAGCGCCGCAAGCCGCCGCCGUGGCCUGUCCCGCCGGCCCCCGCGGCCCCCACCCCCCCCAGUCUGUCCAGUAGCUGCUCUGGCGACGCAGUCCGCGGUUCCUGCUGCAGCCGUGCCCGGGGUGUUCAGUCCUUACGGAAAACACCGACCACUGUAAGGUUCUCCGUGUACAACCCUCUGUACGUGGGAGUUGGUGGUCCCCGCGCGGACGGCGUGGCCUUGCACUAGUAGCUCCCUGUGUCCCCCGUGUUGCCCACGUGCACCACCACGAGCUGUAAUAAAAGGUAGGAGUCUGUA